AUGCAUCCUAAGACUAUCUUUAUGGGAAUAUUUGUGCCAGUAGCUUUUCUACUUUACAGCGAAUCACAUUUUGUUAAAAUGACAAAUGUGGUUUGUGACACUUAUAACAAAUCAUGGGCCGUUUUCCAUUAUUGUCGGCUAAAGGCCUAUUCCCGAAACAAGACGAGCUUGAAUAUAAAUGCAACAUUUCUGCAUCCAGCCAGGAAUAUAUCGCUCGGAUUUAGGUUGCUAAAAAGGGCCAACGGCUACAAGCCAUUUCUGUUUAAUAUAACCAUCGAUGCCUGCCUAUUUUUGCGACGGCGACAUAACCCAGUUAUCAAGAUGUUCUAUAACGUGAUAAAGGAUGUAUCUACUCUAAACCAUAGUUGUCCUUAUUCGGGCUUGCAGGUGGUAAGUGAUUUUCAUUGCGUUUCACUUCCAGUUCCACUUCCAUCUGGAGAUUACUUAGUGUGCUUAGACUUUAUUUUCGACGGUAAGACGCAGUUCUUCGUCAAUAUUUACUCUCACGUGGUGGAGGAUUUCUGA